AUGAGAGAAAAUUCAAUCAAUCUCUCAUGGGAGCGCGCCCGAGACGUAGUCAACCGAAACCGUGGGCGUCCCACCCCUCCUCGUCCUCGGCCGCCCCGCCGCCCGGCCGCGCCUCGCCUCACGCUCUACGGGGGAGGCGGGACCAAUCAGCGAGCGUCGUCUCCCUUCCGAUUCGAGGCCCCCGACGCGCGGCUCACACCCCGAGCACCGCGCGCGCUCAUUGGCUGCGCGCGCCGCCGGUCCGGCCGGGAGGGCGGGGCGGCCGAAGGGAAAGGAGGUGGGGAGGUAUUGGCCCGCGACUCUCCGAGCCCCGCUUGCGCCCCGGCCCUUCCCGGGCGCUCGGCCUCCUUCCUUCCCUCCUCCGCUCGCCUCGUCUUCCGUGCGCGCCGAGCGCUGCGCUCGGCCGGCGUGCCUCGCGCCGUAACGGGCGGCCGGGGGCGCCAAUCAGCGGGCGGCAGGGUGCCAGCCCCGGGGCUGCGCCGGCGAAUCGGCGGGGCUCGCGGCCCGGGGUGGGAGGCGGGUCUACUGCGCGGCCGCGGCGGCGGCGGAGCAGCUCCCAGCCAGCAGCCAGCGAGCGCCGAGCGAGCCGCCCGGAGGUGGGUGCGCCGCGCCGCUGCGGCCGGCGGCGGAGGGCGCAGGGCGGAAGCGGAGCCCCUCAUCCCAUUCGGAAGAGGAAGGAACAAAAGGUCCCGGACCCCCGGCUCUGACGGGGCGGGACCCGGAGCCUCUGUGCAGGUAAAGCGGCGGCGCCCGGCGGGCCCUCGGGGCUAG